AUGGCAAAGCCGACCGUGAUGAUCGGUGUGCGCAAGCGCAAAUUCCAGCAAGCGCAAAAGGAUGCUGUAACAAAAAAACAGCAUGUGCAUGCAGCGACCAUUACGGCAAUGGAUGUGAUUAAUAAACUUUUAGCGCCCGGAGGGGAUGUGGGCUACGAAGUGACGGACGGUGAAUGGGAACACUUAGUGCAGCUGACGCAGAAGCACGCGCUCUUCGAGCGGAACUUUUGCUUCCCAGAAAAUGUACCCGGAUGGGUUUCUACCAGCAGUCAGAAGAAGAAGUCACAUUUUAAGGUUGUGGCUAUUGAUUGCGAGAUGUGCGUCACGCGGCCAGAGGGGUCAAGAGAGCGCAUGUCCAACGCACUUUGUCGCGUCUCGGCCGUCGACGGCGAGAAUAUGCUCCGCAAUAUCAUUUCGGACUUCUUGAUACACCAACCCGAGCCCGGCUAUCACAUGGUGGACACUAAAACAGAUAUUCACGGUAUCACACCCGAGCAGAUUGCCGGUUGCAAGAUCACCAUGGCUCAAGCACAGAAAAAAAUGCUCAAAUAUAUAAAUGAGGAUACAAUCGUGGUAGGCCACUCAGUUCAUGGCGAUCUAACCAGCAUGCGCAUCAGGCACCGUCGCGUGAUUGAUACAGCACUCAUAUUCCAGCGUAAAGGAGAAAAUUCUACCCGUGCAACGCCUGGUUUAAAGGAUCUCACCAAGUUUCUGCUCGGCUUUGACAUGCCCCAGGGCCACGAUAGCACUGUCGAUGCACAAGCUUCAAUGCUAGCUGCCAAAUAUGCUGCUCGACAUCAAACGGGAAGUAUCAUACCGUCAGCAGUGGAGCUGCAUGGACCUCGUGUCAAGGAGCCUCGCCAAGUUCUCACUCGCUCUUCAAAUUUUUUAAAAAUGACGGAAUAUACAGGUCCGGCUAUGCUUAUUGCAUCGGCUUACCAACCUAAGCACGCAACCGGCGCAAUUGAGCUAGCAGCAAACGUUGCGUCUCACAUCGACAUGGCUGCAAACAACACGGACGAUACCAAUAAAUUUAAAGAGAUAGUUGCACGAUCCUGCCGUCUGCGCGUACACCGAAUACCGAAGGGCCUUUCUAGCAAAGACAUUGAAAAGUGGUUUUUAGAGAACACUAACAUCGUUCCAUUGAUCGUGGAACAGAUUGCAUGGCUACCAAAUCAAAAUCGCGGCUCUUGUAACGUAACUUUCUCGACUAAUGCUCACGCAGCAUUGGCCUUUGAAAGCGCUUCGGGACCCAAUGGUAAAUCCAAAAUUACAUUAGAUUCUAUUGGACGUCCACAAAAAACAAUCGCGAUUGUGAGCUACAUGGGAACGACAUUCAAAAAUGUGGUUCUCGGGGUUCAAUAG